AUGGCCUUGAGUGGAAACUGCAGGACUUACCUCCCUUCUCGAGAGCAAGCAUCUGCUUCGCAGUCCUUCCCGGAGGUGAUAGAAUUGAAUGUGGGUGGCCAGGUUUACUUCACUCGUCACUCGACUUUAACAGGCAUUCCCCACUCCCUGCUUUGGAAAAUGUUCACUGCAAAGAGAGAGGCAGUCGCUGACCUAGCAAAAGAUUCGAAAGGGAGGAUUUUCAUUGACAGAGACGGCUUUCUGUUCCGCUAUAUUCUGGACUAUCUCAGGGACAAGCAGGUGGUCCUGCCCGACCAUUUCCCAGAACGAGGAAGGCUCAAGAGGGAAGCCGAGUACUUUCAGCUGCCGGAGUUGGUCAAACUUUUGACUCCCGAUGAGAUCAAGCAAAGCCCUGAUGACUAUUGCCAUAGUGAUUAUGAGGAGGUUUCCCAAAGCAGUGACACCAGAAUAUGUGCCCCGUCAUCGCUGGUGCCCUCGGACCGAAAGUGGGGCUUCAUUACCAUUGGCUAUAGAGGGUCGUGCACCAUGGGCAGGGAGACUCAAGCAGAUGCUAAAUUCAGGAGAGUCCCAAGGAUUUUGGUCUGUGGAAGGAUUGCUCUAGUCAAGGAAGUUUUUGGAGAAAGUUUGAAUGAGAGCAGAGAUCCAGACCGGGCUCCUGACAGAUACACCUCCAGGUUCUACCUGAAGUUCAGGCACCUGGAGAGGGCUUUUGAUAUGUUGUCAGAAUGUGGAUUCCACAUGGUCGCCUGUAAUUCCUCUGUGACAGCUUCUUUUGUUAAUCAAUACACCGAUGACAAAGUCUGGUCCAGCUACACAGAAUACGUCUUUUACCGUGAGCCUUCAAGAUGGUCUUCAUCACACUGUGACUGCUGCUGCAAGAACGGGAAAGGCGACAAGGAAGGCGAGAGCGGCACGUCCUGCAACGAACUGUCCACGUCCAGCUGCGACAGCCAGUCGGAGGCCAGCUCCCCUCAAGAGACCGUCAUCUGUGGCCCCGUGACCCGGCAGUCCAAUAUACAGACUCUCGAUCGACUCGUCAAGAAAGGGCCAGUGCAGCUACUGCAGCAGUCAGAAAUCCGGAGGAAAAGUGACCUGCUGCGAACAUUGACGUCUGGCUCUAGGGAAUCCAACUCUAGCAAAAAAAAAGCAGUGAAGGAAAAGGUCUCCAUUGAGGAAGAAUUGGAAAAAUGCAUCCAGGAUUUCCUCAAAAUCAAAAUCCCAGACAGGUUUCCAGAAAGGAAACACCCGUGGCAAUCUGAACUGUUACGAAAGUACCAUCUCUAG